AUGUCUUCGAACGGCGAACAGAGCGCCGGCGUGGCGGCCCCUACACUCCCCACCAAGCGCACCGUACGGCAGCUGUUGGAAACGAGGAACACACUCAACAAGAUGGAGAUCGGGCAGGGGGUCCUACUCACUGCUGACGUCACGGGAGCCGAGUUGGUGGUGAUCAGGGGUUGUUUCGAAGGCAAGGUGACGGCACAGUGCAUCGACAUCGAGCAGGGGGCGGAGGUGAGGGGGACGAUCGAGUGCGAGGCGGCACGGGUCAACGGAAAGUUCGACGGGGUGUUCAUGUCUUCCCACUCCCUGCACCUUGCCUCCCACGCCAACGUGUCGGGACGCAUCAUCUACCGCCGCUUGAAGGUGGCGAAGGGCGCGCAACUCUACGGCCUUUCGGAGUACCGUUCGCCGGUGCUUGCGAAGUAG